GGACGUUAGCGGUUUUUGUAGUCGUUCGCUCAGUCGGGCCGAGCGUUUGACGGGAGAGGUGUCGGCACACACAAAACACAAGUGCGGAAUAUAAUGGCUUCCAUGCUGCUGAAUUCUCUGCGGAACUGCCCAGUCUGCCCUGCCUGGGCUGUACAGUCUGCGGCUCGUUCUCUCAGUACGACAGUACAGCUCCAGGCUCAGGUUCAGACCAAGAGCAAGAAGACGCUGGCCCGGCCCAAUGUGAAGAAUAUAGUGCUGGUAGAAGGAGUCCGAACCCCUUUCCUGCUGUCUGGAACCACAUACAGUGACCUGAUGCCCCAUGACCUGGCCAGAGCAGCUCUACAGGGUCUACUGCACAGGACCGCUAUUCCUAAAGACGUCGUAGACUACAUCAUCUAUGGGACUGUCAUUCAGGAGGUUAAGACCAGCAAUGUGGCAAGAGAGGCAGCACUGGGUGCAGGUUUCUCUGAUAAGAUCCCAUCUCACACUGUCACCAUGGCUUGUAUCUCCUCCAACCAGGCCAUGACCUCAGCCGUUGGCCUCAUCGCUGCCGGCCAGUGUGAUGCUGUAGUAGCUGGUGGAGUCGAGUUCAUGUCUGAUGUCCCCAUCCGUCACAGCCGCAAGAUGAGGAAGACCAUGCUGUCCCUUAACAAGGCUAAGACCCUUGGUCAGAGGCUUAGUCUGCUCGGCAGCAUCCGACUAGCCCACCUCUCCCCAGAGCUUCCUGCUGUGGCUGAGUUCUCAACAUCUGAGACUAUGGGCCACAGUGCUGAUCGUUUGGCUGCUGCGUUUGGGGUUUCCCGGGUGGAGCAGGAUGAGUUCGCUCUGCGAUCACACAGUCUGGCCAAGAAGGCCCAGGAUGCUGGGCUGCUGCAGGACGUCAUCUCCUUUAAAGUGCCAGGUCGUGACAUUGUUUCCCAGGACAACGGCAUCCGCCCGUCCUCCAUGGAGCAGAUGGCCAAACUGAAGCCAGCCUUCAUCAAACCCCAUGGCACAGUCACCGCUGCCAACUCUUCCUUCCUGACUGAUGGUGCCUCUGCUGUCCUCAUCAUGUCUGAAGAGAAAGCCUUGGCCAUGGGUUACAAGCCCAAAGCCUAUCUCAGAGACUUUGUGUAUGUGUCCCAGGACCCCAAAGACCAGCUGCUGUUGGGGCCAACAUAUGGCACACCCAAGGUGCUGGAGCGCGCUGGGUUGACCAUGAGCGACAUUGAUGUCUUUGAGUUCCACGAGGCAUUUGCAGGCCAGAUCAUGGCUAAUCUGAAGGCUAUGGACUCAGACUGGUUUGCCCAGACAUACAUGGGCAGGAAAUCAAAGGUGGGGACUCCGCCCAUGGACAAGUUCAACCUGUGGGGAGGCUCUUUGUCAUUGGGCCAUCCGUUCGGUGCCACUGGCUGCAGGCUGGUUACAACAGUAGCACAUCGGCUGCAGAAGGAGGGUGGGCAGUACGGACUGGUGGCAGCGUGUGCUGCUGGAGGGCAGGGUCAUGCCAUGGUGAUCGAGGCUUACCCCAAGUAAAGCGCUGACAAGCUCUCUGACCCAUUCUACAGCUACAGCAUGAAGGCUACACACACACACACACAUCCAUAUGAUCCAUAUCAUCCAUGACAGAGUGUGCAUAGCAGCUCCAUUUGACCUUCAUUAGAGGGUGUAGGCUACAGUAUGUAUGGAUGACUCUGUAAACAUAACUUUGCUUAGAGACUGUUAAAUUACAGCAGUGAAUUCUCCAGGAAUGUUGCCUUUGAUUUUGUGGACUUUGAGGCCUUCUCAUCCAGCACUAUUCACCCCUUCUCACCGAGUCAGUAAUGUAAUAUAGAAAAGUUUGAGCUUCUAAGAUGAUAAUAAUGAUGUUUAUAUAUGCUGUAAUAUGUUUUUUUCUUACAAUCUCUUUGAAUUAAAGGUGUGGUUGUAACCAGAUGGCCAUUCA